GGUAGCACUUGCUUCGGAAACCAGGGACGCUUGUAUUAGCUUUAGUCCGAAAUGGCUCGGUGAUAAACAUUGGGAAAAUAUAUUGUAAACAUUCAGGAAUGUUAAAAUGACAACUUUAAGUGAAGACAACGAUUAUUUGGCAAUUGAAACUAAAUCUGAAAGUAAUGACGGCCGAUUAAGCGCUGCGACAUGGGAACAUGAAGAUCUGGCACAAGUAAAGAUAAGGGUUUUUCGAGGUCAUACAGAUGCAGUUAAUUCCUGUACAUACAUUGACAAUGACUCAAAAAUCCUCUCUGGGUCCUCAGAUAAAACAGCCCGUAUAUGGGAUAUUGACUCGGGAGAGUUAAAACAUCAUUACACUGGAGGACACGAGGCAGCUAUAUCAGAAACAAGUAUCAAUGACAAUAGUCGGAGGUUUGUGAGCUCGGGCUGGGAUAAGAAAGUCCAGGUGUGGGACAUAGAAUCUGGAAACAUCUUGUGGACUGGUAGACACGGAGGAAUUGUCACUUGCUGCAAGUUUUCCCAUGAUGGAAAAUUAGUUAUCUCUGGCUCAGAUUUAGACAACACACUAAAAAUCUGGGAUGCUAACUCUGGAGAACUCAUUACAUAUCUUGAGGAUCAUCAUGACAGCACCAUAACAAGCUGUAUUUUUGCACCAGGAGAUGACAAAGUUAUAACAACAUCAAUGGAUCGAACCUCUAAGUUUUAUGAUCUGCGAACACAUAAAGUUACAAUACAGUUAGAAGGACAUAUCAACAUUAUAGCUGAUUGUGACAUCUCGUUUGAUGAGAGGAAAUUUGCCACAGCCUCCUGGGAUAAAACCAUUAAGAUUUGGGAUGUGGCCACUGGAGCCUACAGGUCUCGGGGUCCAGGUUCUCUCCAGGGAUCCCAUGAGGGAACAGUCAGUUGCUGUCAGUUCAGUAGAGAUGGUCUAAUGCUGGUAUCUGGUUCCUAUGACAACACUUUGGUUGUCUGGGAUGUUGAUAAUGAGAUGCAGAAACUUCAACUGCAGGGUCAUGAAGACUGGGUACAAGAUGUCUGCUUCAGUAUGGACCAAAACAACAUUCUCUCAGCCUCCAAAGAUAAAACAGUACGUAUGUGGAAUGUGAAGGAUACCGAGAAAAUUCCUGUUGUCUUGGAAAGAAAGAAAGCCAUGGGACUAAGUAUUAUGAAGUGUUCAAACUGUGGGAAACCAUUUUCCAUUUCUCAAAUGGACAGUUUCCGAGACAACACAAUCUGCGUCUUCUGUCGUCUCCAAAAUCGGGAGCAGGAAAUGAUUGCCAUUAUGAAUUCUGUACAAGUGGAUGAAGAUUAAUCAUCACUAUGCCAACAGUGACUUACCAUCACCAUGCCAACAGUGACUAAUCAUCACCAUGCCAACAGUGAUGGAUUGGAGGAGUAAUGUUCUAAGCCUUUGACAUUGUGGGAUUUAUAAUAUUGUGAUAUCAGAACACUUGAAUUUAAUUUCUAUGCACUUUCUAUAUUCCUGGAAAUUAAAGCUGUUAUUUUGUCUUUCAUAAUGAUGUAAGUGAAUAAUAAACAAUACAGAUAAACAACAUUUUUAAUACUUCCUCACCAUCACACA